ACCGUUACUAGAAAAAUCCGCGUCUCCGUUGCGUGCUCUCUCUCUCUCUCUCUCUCUCUCUCUCGUUCCGAUGAUCUCCGACCCCUCGAGCCCCCAACGCGUCGUUCUCCCCCUCUAUCCAAACCCUAACCCUAACCCUCGAUCUCUCCUCCCCCUCCAAUUCCCCGAAACCUAAACCCUACUUCGCCUCGACCUCCAACCCUGCUCUGCCAACGCCGGCGAUUUCGUCACUCUUCGGCGUCGUCCUCGUCGGGACUUGGGGGAGGGAAGGAUUGGAUGAGGGAGAAAUCUAGGGUUUCUGAGGAGAUGGGAUUGGGUGGGUGAAGGAUGCCGGAGCUCCGCAGCGGGGUGCGCCGGGGCCGGGCUCGGGCUCUGCCGAAUCCGAUCGUGCAGGCGGAGGGGGCGGCCGCUAGGCGGCGAAGGGCGGCGAGGAACAAGCAGCGGCAGGGCGAUGAGAACGCGGUGACGAGGUCGCUCGAGAGGGAGGAGGAGGAGAACAGGUUCGCCGAGGGCGGAGGAGAGGAGAACAAGGAGGAAGAAGGGGUCGGGGAGAGGAGGAUGGAUGAGUUCGAAAGCAGGCCGAGGAGCGCCGGGAAGCCCCCCGGAGCGGAGGACGAGGGGAGCACGGCGCCGCUCCCCAAGACGGUCCAGAUCGGCAAUUCACCUUUGUACAGAAUUGAGAGAAAGCUUGGAAAGGGAGGUUUUGGACAAGUCUAUGUCGGUCGCUGUGUUUCCCCUCCCAAUAUAUAUGAUUGCUCUGGUUCUAACGCUUUAGAGGUGGCACUAAAAUUUGAACAUCGCAGCAGCAAAGGAUGCAUUAAUGGACCUCCGUACGAAUGGCAGGUUUACAACACUCUUGGCGGUAUUCAUGGUGUUCCUCGAGUCCAUUACAAAGGAUGCCAAGGUGACUAUUAUGUCAUGGUUAUGGAUGUGUUGGGUCCUAGUCUGUGGGAUGUUUGGAAUAAUAAUGCUCAUAGAAUGUCUGUUGAAAUGGUUGCUUGUAUUGCCAUUGAGGCGAUCUCGAUACUUGAAAAUAUGCAUUCAAAGGGGUAUGUGCAUGGGGAUGUAAAACCUGAGAAUUUCUUACUUGGCCCCCUAGGGACUCCUGAAGAGGAAAAUCUUUUUCUUGUUGAUCUUGGAUUAGCGACUAGAUGGAAGGACAGUGCCACAGGGCAACAUGUUGAAUAUGACCAAAGGCCAGAUGUUUUCAGGGGAACUGUGCGCUACGCAAGUGUUCAUGCUCAUUUGGGACGAACCGGAAGCAGAAGAGAUGAUUUGGAAUCACUUGCAUAUACACUUAUCUUUCUUCUUCGCGGCCGCCUACCUUGGCAAGGAUACCAGGGUGAGAAUAAAGGCUACCUUGUUUGCAAGAAGAAGAUGGCAACUUCUCCAGAGUCCCUUUGUUGCUUUUGCCCAACACCUUUUAGACAAUUUGUUGAGUACGUGGUGAAUUUGAAGUUUGAUGAAGAACCGAACUACGCAAAGUGCAUCUCUCUCUUUGAUGGCAUAGUAGGUCCCGAUCCAGAUAUUAGGCCAAUCAACACAGAUGGUGCUCAGAAGCUUAUCUAUCAGGUUGGUCAAAAGAGAGGCCGGGUCUUGAUGGAUGAAGAGGAUGACGAACAAUCAAAGAAAAAGGUCCGUAUGGGAAUGCCUGCAACCCAAUGGAUUAGCGUCUAUAACUCAAGGCGACCUAUGAAGCAAAGGUACCACUAUAAUGUUGCAGAUGGAAGGCUUGCACAGCAUAUUGAGAAAGGAAACGAAGAUGGCUUGUUUAUAAGUGCGGUAGCUUCUUGCUCGAAUUUAUGGGCUCUGAUUAUGGAUGCUGGCACUGGUUAUACUGCUCAAGUUUAUGAACUCUCUACGCAGUUUCUCCACAAGGAAUGGAUAAUGGAACAAUGGGAGAAAAAUUAUUACAUCACUGCACUAGCAGGGGCAAACAGUGGCAGCUCUUUGGUAGUGAUGUCCAAAGGUACACAAUAUGCGCAGCAGUCCUAUAAAGUUAGUGAUGCAUUCCCCUUCAAGUGGAUAAAUAAAAAAUGGAAGGAGGGCUUCUAUGUAACCGCCAUGGCCACUGCUGGAACUAGAUGGGCAGUUGUCGUGUCCAGGAAUGCCGGUUUCUCAGAUCAGGUGGUGGAGCUUGACUUCUUGUACCCCUCGGAGGGUAUUCAUCGACGGUGGGAUAGUGGUUAUCGAAUAACUGCAACAGCUGCAACAUGGGACCAGGUGGCCUUUGUUUUGAGUGUACCGAAAAGAAAACCUGCAGAUGAAACACAAGAGACGCUUAGAACAUCAGCUUUUCCCAGUCAACAUGUAAAGGAAAAGUGGGCAAAGAAUCUCUACGUCGCAUCUGUUUGUUAUGGCAGAACAGUUUCUUGAUGCUCCUUUUUCUAGUUAUGAUGGCAGAGAAGAAGCGGCACAAAGCCAUUUAACAACAACCCUCUCAUCAUGCCCUUCCAUUUAUCAGCUGAAAGCCCUUGUCAAAUGUGGGUCGUAAAUGUCCAUUGAUUGUACAAUAUUUUGCAGGUUUAGUCCUCUUAGAUACAAUACAGCUAACAAAAUGGUGCUCAACCGCUGUCGACAUAUAGGAUGCUCCUGUAUGAGGUAUCAAAUGUUGUUUUGGGCAUCCAUAAUUAUUCUUAGGCUUGUAUAUAAGUGUAUAUCUGAUCAAUUAGAAGUGCAUGUAUUUUAAUCUUAGUGCUUCUUUUUAUUCAUGCCAAUUGGAGUUAAGGUUCACUUUACUAGUUGAACAGCUGAAUGUACUAAAUUCUCAUCUGUUAUUUGUCAUAUUUGUUGGUACUUGAUAUGGAACAAGCCAGAUAAUUUUGGUAAAAAUGAGAUGUACUUCUCUUAA